AUGGAUCUUGAGAUCGAUAUUGGCUAUGGUCGAGAUCUAGAGAUAAGAGAGACGAAGAGAUUGGCUAUGGCUAUGGUUGAGAUUUUGAAAUCUUGUGAAUGGCUAUGGGCUGAUGGUGUUCAUGAUGUGGAGUUCACUCCCGGGACUGAUAUGAUGACACGACACUACGUCUUUUGCCUCGUCCCACAAGUCAAUCGUGUGUUGGAGAUUGACUUGAUGGUCCCACACUAUUAUCGGUUACCGACAACAAUGAUUCGAGUCCGUUUGUGGGUACUCCACGAUUGGGACGAUGAUCGAUGCAUCAAGAUAUUGAGAAAUUGUUGGAAGGCAUUACCGGAAAAUGGUAAGGUCAUAGUUAUGAAAUUUGCAGUCUCCAAAAACUGUAAUGAAUCAGUGCACACAACAUUCAUGGAGCUAAUGAUGAUGGUACUGAAUCUCGGGGGUAAGGAGCGAAUGACAAUUGAACUCGACUGGCUUGCUAAAGCUGCAGGCAAAUGUAAAAGCUUGCCAAUCAAUAUGAUGUUAUGUAUAUGUUCACCAUGGCCACAUAUUGCAAAUGCAUCCCAAUUAAGUAGCAGGCCACAUUUCAUUUUUUUUGUCCUUGCCUUAUUCCCUGUUAUUAUCUAUGCAGAUGUGCUGAUCUGA